AUGGGGGUCGCGCCCAGCACAGGCACGGAGGCGCGAGGUGUGGCUGCCGGCCCGUGCGAGCACAAAAUGUAGGUAGACAAGUAUCAGAGCUACGAGAUUGGAGCGACACGACAUACGUCAGUCGCCGGCCGUUGUUGGUUGCUGCCGGGAUCUGGUGGCGCCUAUCCCAGUUCGGGGAAUGGGUCGUGUGCACCUGGAGAAUCCGCACACGGUGCCUCGUACUCCAAUUGCUCUCCAAUCUGCCCACGCCUACCCAAAGUACAUACUGA